AUGGGUCUUAAUGUGAAAUAUCAUAUUGUUGUAUAUGAGAAUGAUAGUAUUGUUAAGGAUUAUUAGAUUGAUAUAGAAAUAAAGAUAACCCAAGUAACUUUAAAGAAAUUAUAAAAUUUGAAGAUGGAGAAUAUGUUUGGGAAAAAAUGUCACUUAAGAAUUAAUUUGAUAUAGAUAAUUUAGAAAUCACAGUAAAUCAAAUAAUUGAGAAAAUUUAAUAAUUUGCAGAUAAAAAUGGAUCAUAUUCUACUAUUUUAAAUGAUUGUUAAUCUGUUGCAGACUAAGUGA